UAUGACAAGGAGGGAUCAUUACACAUGAACACUGCAUUAUACAAAUAUGCAUUAUUUCAGGAAUGCUGUGCUCCUACAUUUAUAUGUGCAAGCCAAGAGUUAAUACUUUGAGAGAUUUGUAUUUAGCCACAUUCGACAUAACACAUGCAGGUUUCAACACGUCAUCCCUUCACACAGCUAAAUAGACUGUUUUAAGUUCACAUUCUGUCAUUUGAGCAGAGGAUACUUGUCUUCAUGAGAAGAUGUCUUCAUUGUCUGAGUCAAACCCAAUGAGGAUUGUGCUGCUGGGGAAAACGGGAAGUGGCAAAAGCAGUGCAGGAAACACCAUCUUUGGAGGAGAUGAAGAGUUCAAGAUAGACAGUUCAGCCAAGUCCGGAACGCAAAAGUGUGAAGCAAAGACCAAGAUCAUCAAUGGAAGAAAGGUCACUGUAGUAGACACACCUGGACUCUUUGACACAAACAUCCCUGAAGAGGAGCUGAAACCUGAACUAGUGAAAUGUAUUGUAGAGUGUGCUCCGGGUCCACAUGCCUUUCUCAUUGUGCUUAAAGUGGAAAAGUACACAGUCCUCGAGGAAAGAGUCAUCACACAAAUCGAGAACCUUUUUUCACGAAAUAUCUUUAAUUAUGCCACAGUUCUCUUCAUUUACGGUGACCAGCUUCAUGAAGGAACAACUAUUCAGGAUUUUGUGAAAACAAAUAAGAAACUGAGUGAGCUUGUGGAGAAAUGUGGUGGCCGCUGUCACGUCAUUGACAACAAACACUGGAAUACCAGUCAGCAGGGUCAGUACAGGAACAACCAGUACCAAGUAGCAGAGUUACUCAACACCAUAGAGAGAGAGGGCGGAGGAAGAUGCUACACCAAUGAGAUGCUUCAAGCAGUGCAUGGAGUCAUACAAGCAGAGAAAGAGAGUCUUAGAGAGUCAAACAGCCAGAUGUCAGAGGAAGAGAACGAAAAACUAGCCAAGGAAAGAGCGAGAAAGAAACUCCUGAUCAAGUUGUCAGGGGUAGCAACAGGUGUAGUGGUAGGAGCGUUCCUUGGGGUUGUAGGGUCAUUAGCAGUAGUACUUUCUCUCUUAAGUAGUAUAGGAGCAGCAGCAAAAGCAGCAGCGGCAAAAGCAGCAGCGGGAGCAGCAGGAGGAGUAGCAGGAGGAGUAGCGGGAGGAGGAGUAACGGCAGCAGCAGGAGGAGUAGCGGGAGGAGGAGUAACGGCAGCAGCAGGAGGAGUAGCAACAGCAGCAGGAGUAGCAGGAGGAGGAGUAACGGCAGCAGCAGGAGGAGUAGCGGGAGCAGCAGGAGGACUAGCAACAGCAGCAGGAGUAGCAGAAGGAGUAGCAGCAGCAGGAGGAGUAGCAGCAGCAGCAGGAGGAGUAGCGGCAGCAGCAGGAGGAGUAGCGGGAGGAGUAGCAGCAGGAGGAUUAGCAACAGCAGCAGGAGUAGCAGAAGGAGUAGCAGCAGCAGGAGGAGUAGCAGCAGCAGCAGGAGGAGUAGCGGCAGCAGCAGGAGGAGUAGCGGGAGGAGUAGCAGCAGGAGGAUUAGCAGCAGCAGGAGGAGAAGCAGCAGCAGCAGGAGUAGCAGGAGCAGUAGCAGGAGGAGUAUCUGGAGGAGGCGCACCAGCAGGAGCAGCAGUAGGAGGAGCUGGGGCAAACAUUGGAGUGGGUACAGGGUUAGGCAUAGCUGUUGGUGUGAUAGCAUUAUUAGCAGGAGGAAUAGGAGGGGGCAUAGUUGGAGCUGGUGCAGCAGAGGAUGCACAGACACCAGGAGAGGCAGUAAAGAAAGCAGCUGAGGCAGUCUGUGAGGUGGGUAAGUAUAUGUUGGAGGGGGGUAAAGGUAUUUUGGACAGUGUAAGAGGUGUGUCAGAGGGGUACAGCAAACUGAGUUUGAGUGAAGAAAAGAAGUAGCAGGAGCACUCUAGGUAUUCAGAAAACACAAGUGAAAUGAGUGAAUGAGUGUUAACAACCUCUGUUUCAAUAGUUUACUAAACACAACAGUCAGUACCAUACCACAGAAGAAGAAAAACUGUUCAAACAAAUCAAACCUUAUAACAUGUCAUUGUUUUAACAUAAUUAUAAUAGCACAUUUUUUAUUUCAGUGUUUUUAACAGAAUUACAGUAGCAAAUGUUUGAUUCCAAUGUUAUACAGAAUUACAGUAGCAAAUGUUUGAUUGCUAUUUUCAAAUGAUUAAAUGAAAAUGUCCUUUCAAUGUAAAUGAUGUAAACACAUUAUACUGUAUAUGUAACUGAUGUGAAAUGGCUAGCUAGUUAGUGGUGGUCUGCACUAAUAGUGUUUCAAUCGGUGAUGUCACUUGCUCUGAGACCUUGAAGUAGUAGUUCCCCUUGCUCUGCAAGGGCCGUGGCUUUUGUGGAGCGAUGGGUAACGAUGCUUCGUGGGUGACUGUUGUUGAUGUGUGCAGAGGGUCCCUGGUCCGAGCGAGGGAACGGACUAAAAUUAUACUGUUCCAUUUUUAACAUGCAUGACUACAUCUCUGUUGUUAUAAUGUUGUAUGAGUUGAAUAAA